AUGGGAACUAUUGAUAUUGGCCCGUGUGGGGACGUCACCAAGGCACGCGCUGGGAACGGCCGGGUUUCCAAACUGAGCAGCCAGGACUCCUACAACAACCUGUCCAACAACAACAUGGGGAACCCUCGCCUCUCGCCUCUGCCCAUCCUCACCGUGGUCCUGCCGCUCGCACAGAUCAAACAGCCCAUGAGUCUCGGCGCCAUCACCAAGAGGACCGGUAAAUCGAAGCCUCCUCCGCAGAUCUCGCCGAGUAAGUCCAGCGGAGGAGAGUUCUGUGUGGCCGCGCUGUUCGCCUCGUCACGGUCCUGGUUCAUGAGCAACCCCAACAUCAAGAGAGACAAAGAUGCGUCGCGGCAGGCCGUGGUGGACUCUCUCUACAUCCUCAGUUGUUAUGGAAACUUGGUGGAGCACGUCCUGGAGCCGAGACCCCUCAGUACCAUCACCAAACUCAGCGACGACUCUCCCCUGGAGCUCAGCAGCUGCCCUCGCUCCUGCUGGUCCCUCACCAGGACGCCGCAGUGGAACGAGCUGCAGCCUCCCUUCAGCUCCCAGCAUCCUCUGGUCCUGUCCUCAGACCUGGUGCAGUACUAUCAGUCUCUGCUGGCCUCCAUGCCUCCUGGAAGUCCUGGUCCCAUCACCAGACACGAGUCAUCCGACAGCCUGGCCUCAGACCACAGCGGAGCAGAGGACGAGGAGUGGCUCUCUCAGGUGGAGAUCGUGACCCACACGGGCCCUCACCGCCGCCUCUGGAUGGGGCCUCAGUUCCAGUUCAAGACCCUUCAUCCUUCUGGUCAGACCACCGUGAUCUCCUCUUCCUCCUCAGUCCUGCAGUCUCAGGGUCCGACUGAGGCCCAACAACCUCUGCUCGACUUCGACACAGACGACAUGGACCUGCAGAGCCUCAGGAUCCAGCCCAUCCGCUCGGAGCCCGUCAGCAUGCCUGGGUCGUCCCGUCUGGUCUCGGAUCGCCGUGGGCAGUCCAGCCUCCUGGACACCGGAGCAGGUAGGACCGAUGCUCUUGCUCUGGUCCCUGGUCCAUACAAACCUCUCGGAUCUCCCUUCCCACAUGGUUCACGUCUCACCCUCACAUCUCACCCUCAUGUCUCACCCUCACGUCUCACCCUCACAUCUCAUCCUCAUGUCUCACCCUCACGUCUCACCCUCACAUCUCAUCCUCAUGUCUCACCCUCACGUCUCACCCUCACGUCUCACCCUCUGAAUUUUGCAGUGUGGUUCUUUGGCAGUGUUUUGAUUUUGUGUCUGUUUCCAUUCUGGUCAUUCGUGCUUUGA